AUAAAUACUCUUCACUCCCCUUCACUCUUUCUUCGCCUCGCCCCUCAGAUCUUGCAUCCAUUAUCAUCUCCUCAUCAUAAAUCCCCGUCCUUCUUCUUCUACAAUGGCAGAAUAUGAAGGAGUCUUGUUGGGUAUGGGUAACCCCCUUCUCGACAUUUCAGCCGUUGUUGACGAAGGUUUCCUCACCAAAUAUGAUAUCAAGUUGAACAAUGCUAUCCUUGCUGAAGACAAGCAUUUGCCCAUGUAUGAAGAAAUGUCUUCCAAAUACACUGUAGAGUACAUUGCUGGAGGUGCUACUCAAAACUCAAUCCGAGUUGCCCAAUGGAUGCUUCAAAUCCCUGGUGCAACGAGUUAUAUGGGCUGUGUUGGAAAGGACAAGUAUGGUGAGGAGAUGGCAAAGAACUCAAAAAGUGCUGGUGUUAAUGUGCACUAUUAUGAGGAUGAAACCGCACCAACCGGUACAUGUGCUGUCUGUGUUGUUGGUGGCGAGAGGUCUCUUAUUGCCAACCUGUCUGCUGCCAACUGCUACAAGUCAGAGCACUUAAAGCGUCCAGAGAACUGGGCACUCGUUGAAAAGGCCAAGUACAUCUAUAUUGCUGGAUUUUUCCUUACGGUGUCUCCUGAAUCAAUUCAGCUUGUAGCUGAGCAUGCUGCUGCGACAAACAAGGUUUUCACAAUGAACCUAUCUGCUCCAUUCAUCUGUGAGUUCUUCAAGGAUGUUCAAGAGAAAGCCUUACCGUAUGUGGAUUAUGUUUUUGGAAAUGAAACCGAAGCAAGAACCUUCUCAAAGGUUCAUGGCUGGGAGACCGAUAACGUGGAGGAGAUCGCAAUCAAGAUCUCUCAAUUGCCUAAAGCAUCCGGGACCCACAAGAGGAUUACCGUGAUCACUCAGGGUGCUGAUCCUGUUGUGGUUGCUCAGGAUGGGAAAGUUACGACAUAUCCCGUCAUCUACUUGCCAAAGGAGAAACUCGUUGACACCAACGGAGCAGGUGAUGCAUUUGUUGGAGGUUUCUUGUCUCAGUUGGUUCUUGAGAAGCCAAUUGAGGAAUGCGUGAGAGCCGGGUGCUACGCAUCCAACGUGAUCAUCCAAAGAUCAGGCUGCACCUACCCCGAGAAGCCAGAAUUUAAGUAGAUUUUUAGAAUUUAUCCCCCAGUGGAAGGUGGUUGGGCCAAUUUUCUUGUGCCGGUUUCUAUUGGGGUCUUCUAUCUAUAUUGUUGUGCUACUUUGCAUUGUUAUUUGCCUCCUAAACCAAAUUAGCUGGUGAAAGUUGAGGUUUACUAUACCUGUUUACUUUACUUUUGCUUCCGUUUGAUUUCAGUUGCUGUAUGUUUUUGAAGCCUGAGUUGUGUCGUUUACAGCGAUGAAUAAAUUUUGUUGUAACCUCUUUGCUCAAGAUUAUCAAAGGCUGAGUGUUGAUUCUGGUUUUAUA